GCGUCUGAAGCACGUAACGUCCAACAAAAGCAACCUGGUACACGACCAAAUGCUCCAUACGCUGAAAGAGGUGGGUACGGUGGACGCGGCAUGCCCAGCAUGCGUGGUCGUGGUAUCCGUGGGAGACUAGUACCGAAUCCAUCGGUUGUCGGGAACCUUCCAGUUAAUACCCCACCAUCGAUGGAUUUGCAAAGUAGAGCGAUGGAUGCUCCAGGAAUCAUGCCUACCAUGGGUGGUCGAGGAGGAUUUGGAGGAGUUUCUGCGUACCCUAGAGGAGGUAGGGGUAGGGGUUCCAUGAUGGGAGUGGGAAUGGGAAUGGACGUUGGAGGAGGAACCGGGAUCUUGGGAACUGGGUUUGCAAUCGGAGGACAGGAUGAGCAGGGGGUGUUUUGUGACAUGGAGAGAUAUGAAACUGAGAUGGAGUACAGGGCGUGGUAUGACCAGUUUGGAAAGAUGUACUACAAGGUGCACGGACCUGACGUCGAUCCGGAAAAAGAGCAAGAACUGAAAUGGGAGAAAGAAUUUUACGAUCGAGAUCACGGACCGGAUCCCAGACACCCGUAUUACCCGAAGUGGGUAUCCAAGCAUUUUGCAGACGAGUCUUGCAUUCAGCAGCAAGACAACAAUGCUAGCGUCAAUAAUUCUCUGGCUAUUGACCUGAAUAGGCCUACUCUGAAUGACUUAAUCACAGUCCCUGACCCAACUGAGCUGACUGACCUGAUAGAAUACCCCGGAAGAAGGAUCAGACCACCCAAGAUAGUCCUCAUCCUCAGAGGACCUCCGGGAUCUGGGAAAUCAUUUUUAGCCAGACUCAUUAAGGAGCGGGAAGUGAUCUUGGGAGAUCAUGCGAAACCCCCUCGAAUUCUGAGCAUAGACGACUACUACAUCACAGAAGAGUUCAUCAAGAAGGAGUCGGCCGAGGAACAGCGCAACGCCAAAAUUACCUUGCCCUCCGCCCCACGCAACAAGAUUGUGCAGUACGAGUAUGACGAGAGCAUGGAGGCGGCCUACAACCUCUGCAUGUUCAAGUGCUUCAAGAAGAGUCUGGAGAAUGACCUGUUUAGCUUCCUCAUCGUGGACAACACCAACCACCUCCUCUCUGACUUCGAACAGUACCUAGAUUGUGCCAAACUAUGCGGAUAUAAGUCUUACUUAGUGGAAUUGAAAGUACCGGCUUCGACAUGCUUCAAACGCAACACUCAUAAGAGGAGCAGGAAAGAUAUGGAGAGGAUCAUCACUACGUGGGAGGAUGCACCAGAGGAGUGCGUGUGUCUGGAUUAUAACAGCUUCUUAGAAGAACACGCUGAACCUUCUCCGGUGAAAGAGAACCCGAAUGCCGCAGCCGCACCAUUUAGUUGCAAGUCAAGAAAGAGAUCCCAUUCUCCCUCAUCGCGCAAACACAGCCGCGACCGCUCAAGUAGCGCUCACCGUAAGAGCUCUAAAUCAGGAAGAGUGCUCCCAGAUACGAUCAUGAUAGACUCGAGGUCACCGUCGCCUGAACAGGUCAUCUCUGACAAGGCGAGAGAGGAGAGUCCCCUGUCUUUCAGGCCCAGACAAUGGUCGCCCAGAGGAGGGAGCAGUAAAAAGAAGGUGAAAGAAGAUAGAUUAAAAGAUGACAGGGCACGAGCUGGCUUCCCUAAAAGGACUCAUAGAUCACCAUCACCCAUGGCAUCUGUUCACUUAAGGUCCCAUAAACGGGAACAUGAAAUUAUAAGUAACGACUUUACUCCUCUGAGAAUGAUUGAGCGUCAACGUACGCCAUCUAUAGAGCGUCUUCUAAAAGAUACAUCGGGUGUUGUUACAAUGGAGAAAACUCCCCCUAGAAGACGAACUGGGUCGCCAGUCAGACGAAACAAAAAUAGCCGAAGCAGUGGAAGCGGUAAUGCUACCGGAUUGAGUAGUUCACGAAUUCCCUCACAAGGACAAGGGAUUCAGUUAGAUUUGGAUGGAGAUAUGUCUAAAGUGAAAAGGAGAACAAUAUCUAGAUCAAAGUCGCCAGUUAGAAAAUCGGCUACUAGUAUGUCUACGAGUUCAAGAUACCAGAGAAGAUCCAAGAGCAAAUCGACCGAAAGACAUUCGCAUCAUUCACGGCGAAGAUAAUACCUCUUCGUGUCAAAUUCAGCGGAAGAAAUAAAAUGCAUAAUGCUUUUGAUUUCUCCUACUCAAAACUUAUGAUUUGUUGUUUUAUUGUCAAAUUUGGGAUAGCACGAUGUCGUGAUUUAAUGUUAAUAUAGAUUUCAUGAACUUUC